AUGCUGACCCCCCACGGCGAGACAGCCGAGAAACUGAACGACAUCGGCCUGUGGUUGCCGACGAGGGGCAGGAGGACGAAAAAGGGGCCCACUGCAGACAAGAACCGCAUAAAUAUCACCAGUGAAGGUCUUUGCGACGACAUUAUGAAAUACCUCGCUCCCUCACUACAGCGCCACCGCGGCUGCGAUCUCGUCGACAUCAACCCCGGCGCGGGCGUCUGGAGCCGGAAGCUCCACGAGGUGGUGCAGCCGCGCAAACACAUCAUGAUGGAAAAGGACGCCGAGCUGUAUGCGCCCUUCCUGCAGGACCUCACAGCGCAGGACAACGUCGUGUUUAUACCCAAGUCGGGCAUCGUGUGGAAGGACCUCACGGUGAUGCUGCGCGAGCACCUCAAGGGCCAGGCGGAAAUGUCGCAGGCCCUCGCCCCGGACGCCGCGCCGGAGCGCAACGACACGCUCCUCAUCAGCGUCAACCUCAGCAUGUACCCGCCCAAGUCGUUCCAGCUGUUCGACUGCGUCAGCACCAUGGUCAUGUACCAGUUCAUGUCCAGCAUCCGCACUGCGUCGCUGUUCCAGCGGUACGGGCUGGUGCGCAUGCUCAUCUGGGUCAACGACGACGGCAAGCGCAAGCUGCUGCCGCGCUCCGUCGUGCGCCGCAAGCGCAGCGCCUUCGAGGCCAGCCUGUCGUGCGAGUGGAUCCACGAGAUCGCCGGCAAGGACGUCGAGAUCGAGAACCGCAACGAGCUGCGCGACGAGUGGAUCAACAUGGAGUCCGGAUACCAGACCCUGCGCCGCAUGGAGGCGGCCGGUCUGACGCCGCCGCCCGGCCGCGAGACGUAUACAUACAGGAACCUGACGGCCCAGCCAGAGCUCGCCGGGAAGCGUCUGGCCGGCGUCGAGCAGCCCCGCCUCGAACGGCCGUUCCGCGCCGAGCUGGAGGAGAUCGAGGCCGAGUACAACGCCCGCCCCACGCCGGACCUGCUCGCGCGCCUCAAGAAGCUGCGGUUCCGCCAAAAAUACGACCACGAGGACAGCUCGACGUACCUGGCGCUGAUCCAGGAGCGCGAGGCCCUCUCGCUGCUGCCGCCCGACUCGCCCGAGUUCAUCCAGGGCGACGCCGCGUGGAGCCGCAAGAUCCUCGACCUGAAGAAGAACACGCGCAAGGAGUUCGUCAUGGUGCGCGACAACUACCACCUCUUCCGGCAGAGCCCGCCGUCGCUGCUCUGGGACCAGCGGCCGUACGAGCCGCUCGCGGUGCACCCAGAGGACUUCUUCCCCAACAUCCCCUGCACGCUGCUCGACUUCCAGCCCAAGGCCAUGCACCCGCUGCUGCGGCAGACGGGCCCGACCACGUCGCGCGCCGGCGACAUGUCGGACAUCAUGCUGCGGUUCUGGUUCGCCCACAGCCUGCUGCCGGCGUCCAAGGCCAUGGACGGCGUGUGGCCGGGCUUCGGCCAGCUAUACGACCAGUGUCCAUCGCUGCGCGAUAAUGCGCGCGGCGGCAGCCCGCUGAGCGGCCAGGGCGAGGUGUGCGCGCGCGCUCUCAACCCGCAGCAGUGGGAGGAGGUCCUCGAGGCGUUUAUCGACUGGCCGUUCCGUCCGUCGUACGCGCAGUUAGUUGGGCGCCUGGUUGAUGAUCAUGAGCAUGAUGACGUCGACGAUGAGUCCAAGACGUCGGCUCAGGGGGCGCCGGGGACAAGUUAG